UGGAAUGAGACGUAAACUUUCAAUUUAACCCAACCCAAUCCACCUUAGUAUAUUAUCUCUGCCAAACCGAACAAAAUCAUAUAAAAGAGAAGAUUUGUUCUAAGCACCUGAUACAAUAGAAACACCUUGAAUUCGAUUCUAUCUCUCUCAUAACGGUACAUAAGAAUCCCAUGGUUCUAAGCAACCGAAAGAUUAGCUCAAACACAAGUCGCUGACAUGUUCUUUUCUCUCCGCAUCUUCUCAAUCUCACCAAUUAGGUAACACUUCACCCUCUCACUCGCAUGUGAAAAACCUUUCCAAGUGUUUGCACCUACAUCUCUCUCCCUUCGGGUGCAAAGUCCCAUUCCUUUUUCGUCAAACCCCAAAUCAGAUUUUGCAUGACCCUCCCCUGUUUUCCCUUCCUCUGUUUUGCUUCAAAUGGAAUGAACUCCCUCGUCGAAUGGAAUCCCUCCCCCACGAGAUUUGCGUGAAAAACCCACUUCCUUUUCGGUGAGGAUGAAAGCCUUUCUUCACCAAAAAUGGAUUUUUUUUCGGGGUAUUUUUGGAUCUUGCUCUCCAAGCUUUUGAAUACUCUGUUUUGGGUAUUCGCCAAAGUCUCCAUGCGAUUCUAUAGUUCUGUUUCUUCCGUAGCAAUGAAACCGCUUUGUUCUUCUCGGUUUUCUUGUGAGAAUGAGCAAGCUGAGGCAAUUCGUUCCGACUCUGAAAAUUUUGGGAAACUAAUUGAUACUAUCUCACAUGAAAGUGAUCAAAUUGAUUCUAAUGGUGUCCAGCAAGAAGCAGAGUCCGUGGAAAAAUAUUGUUCUCAGACCGUUCUUGAUGAUGGCGGGGAUUUUGGGCUUGAAGAAGAGGAAACGACAAAGUUGGUUUUCAAGUUUGAAUAUCAAAAUUGGAAUUGCAAUUAUAAUGAAGAGUUCAAUGGAGGGUACGGUGAAAGUAGUGAUUUUGCGAAGGGGGGUGAUGCUGUGUCUGCUAGCACCAAUAAGUAUGAGUUUAUCUCAGGGAAGAGUUUCAGCCACUUCUUGGAUGAACUUGAGGCUGAAAGUUUCACUGUCAAAGAAUGUUUUGUUCAUUCAGAUGAUGCUAUUCAAUUGGAAAACCAUGUUAGCAAUGAUUUUGGGUUCUUGUCAAGGAAGAAAUUCAUGCCAGAAAAUUGUGAAGGAAGGGUGAGUGCGGGAAAUCUUGAAAAUUUCACAGAGAAGAAUCUCAAAGCUGAGGAAUCAAUAGACCAGCGUGUGGGGCGGCCAGUUGUUCGCAAUUUUCUUUCUGAAGAUGAUUUUAUUUGUUCAAGUUCUGACUCUGAUUCUAUUAGCACUUCGGGGGAGGGUUUUUUGUCAGACACGGACUUCGGAACCACUAUAGAGCUUGAUACAUUGGGAAGCAAUGCGGAAGAUUUGGACUUUGUUGGUGAGAAUUUGGAUGUUGGAUAUGAGCCUGAUGAUUUUGCUGAAGAAGAUGAAGAUAUAAGGGAUGAGCUUGGAAAACUGGAAGAAGAAUGUAGGCAAGAGAAGUCUUCAGGUAACAGUUUUGAAGAUAGCAAUAGCAUCGAUUCCAAACUUGAACAAUCUGUGAAGCCUAAUUCACAGAGUUUAACAACUUUUGAUCUUGAGGAUUCCAACCGGUUUGACACACUAUGGGAACAUCAAGAUUUGAUAGAACAGCUAAAGAUGGAACUGAAGAAGGUCAGAGCCACUGGUCUACCUACCAUCCUUGAGGAUUCUGAGUCUCCAAGGAUAAUGGAAGACUUGAAGCCCUGGAAAAUUGAUGAAAAAUUACAGCAUGGUAGUAGCACCACAAAUGAGCUUCCAAAAUUCUACAGGAGUUAUCGAGAAAGGAUGCGAAAAUUCGAUAUCCUGAAUUACCAAAAGAUGUAUGCCAUAGGUUAUUUGCAGUCAAAGGACCCACUCCAAUCAUUUUCAACACGUAAGAAUCCUUCACCAGCAUUCACAUACAUUCUUCCACGCGGCUUUCGCCUUUCUAGACGAAAACACACCGAAGCUGACCCAACGAAGAAGUUCGUAAGAGAAUUAUACAGUGAUUUAGAGAUGGUUUAUGUGGGGCAAUUGUGCCUUUCUUGGGAAUUUCUUCAUUGGGAAUACGAUAAGGCCUUAAAACUAUGGGAAUCUGACCAAUACGGGUUACUAAGGUUCAAUGAAGUAGCAGGGGAGUUUCAACAAUUCCAAGUGCUUCUCCAAAGGUUCAUAGAGAAUGAACCUUUCCAAGGUCCACGGGUUGAAAACUAUGCCAGGAAUCGUUGUGCAAUGCGCAAUCUUCUUCAAGUUCCGGUAAUAAGAGAAGACAACGCCAAGGAUAAAAGGAAAUUCAGAAAAAGAGAGGCAGAUAAAGAUGGCAUCACAAGUGAUAUGCUAGUGGAUAUUUUGGAAGAAUCCAUCAGAACAAUUUGGCGUUUUAUAAGAGCUGAUAAAGAUGCAUCCAGCUUGGCACUUAAAGGCCUAAGGGAAAAUCAUGUAGAGCUCCAAGACCCUUCUGAUUCAGAGCUGUUGGCAGAGAUUCGAACGGAUCUUCAAAAGAAGGAAAAGAGGCUGAGAGAGGUUUUGAGGAGUGGAAGCUGCAUACUGAAGAAGUUCCAAAAGCAUAAUGAAGAUGCGACGGAUCAAGUGCUUUAUUUUUUCUCUCAAGUGGAUAUGAAAUUGGUUUGGAGAGUGUUGAACAUGUCAAGGAUAACGACGGAUCAACUAGCAUGGUGUCGUAGUAAACUAAACAAAAUCAAUUUUGUAAACCGAAGGAUACAUGUAGAACCAUCAUUCUUACUUUUUCCUAGUUAAUAGUUAGUUGCAAAAAUGAUUUGUACAUAUGCCCCUUCAUAUUUAGAAGGUCAUUAUUAAAGUAGUAAAGAAUUUUU